AUGAUAGUCGUAAUUUUAAUGUUAAUCGGCUUAUUUCACUGUCAUUUCUGUGCUCCGCUCCACAUAAAUCCGGACAUCAUAAUAAAACCAGAAUACAUUCAUCAAAAUUUCCUUGAGCAACAUCGAUCAGCAACAGGUGAUCCCCGACUUCCACCGGAAGUCACAAAUGAAGAUGCAGAGAACUUACUCCAAGAGUUUGGUUUUCUCAGGAAAACGCACAACCCCGAUGACAUCCUCACCCGGCUAGAUCAAGUCGAUGAUUCACCAGCGGUGGAGAACGCGCUAAAACAAUUCCAAAAGCACUACCAGCUGCCUGAAUCGGGACUGCUGGAUGACGACACCAGGCGACUGAUUGCUGCCCCACGAUGCGGUCUCGCCGAGCUGAACGUUGCACCGGAUAGGUGGACCAAGCGGAUCCUAACGUACAAGAUUCGAAGUUUUCCGAUCAGUGUCCAACCAUCUGUGGCCCGGAAAAUGAUUAAAGCCGCCUUCGGACAGUGGACAGGUCACGCAAAUUUGAAUAUCACCGAAGUUGCGCGAGGAAUUGCGGAUAUUUACGUAAGUGACGAACCGACCGUGCACCGCGAUCGCGCUGGACAAACUUGCCAAUUCACCAGCAAUUCGACCAUAGCCCAUGCGUACUUCCCGGAAGUCGGUGACAUUCACUACAAUAGAGGUAGGAACUACACUCCGAUGGAGUUUCUUAGUGCGACGCUGCACGAGAUUGGUCAUUCGUUAGGUUUAGAGCACACAACGUCCAGGACGUCGAUAAUGUUUCCCAUGCACAUUCGAUAUCAUACGACGAUUCCGGCUGAGGAUCAACGAGCUUUGCAGGCUUUAUACGGAUCAAAACGAAAUGUUAUUAAGCAAGUCACGUCUUCUGUGGCUCUAAAAGAGGCUCCGAAGCUAUGCUCACUGACUAAAAUGGAUGCAAUUCUGAACGAUCCUGCUGGAAGAACGUUCAUCCUGGCUGGGGAAAAUUAUUACGUAUUGGAUGAGAAAGAUCCUCACGGACAAUCGCUGUCAUCCAGGUGGCCUGGACUGCCGUCAAACAUCGACGCAGCAUUCACCUGUCGCACAAAUCGUACAUUUUUCUUCAAAGGAAACAAACUGUGGGUGUACGCCGAUCAACAGCUGGAAGCUGGCUACCCUAAACCGAUCACCGAUGACUUACCCGGGAUGCCUUCGAACCUGGACGCUGCAUUUGUGACUGCAGCUGGUAGUAUUUUGGCGCUGCGUAAGAAACAUUACUGGUACUAUAAUCCGGCGAAAAGGCCACCGAUCGGUAGCAACUUUCCACGGCUAGUUUAUGACUUCAGGAACAUGCCCGUCGGCAUGGACGCUGCCUUACUUCACACCGAUGGGCAGGUGUAUCUUUUCAAAAAUCAGGAAUAUUUUAUUUUUCAUACUUCCGGAAAGGAUAACUUUUCCGUUAGCAGUGGGCGACCGCUCCGUAGUAUGUGGUAUACUUGUUAGAACUUUUAUUAUAACGAAAUUUUAUGAACUAGGGUAAAAGCACCAGUUUUGGCCAUAGUUUGUCAAACAUUCAACGUUAUCGAUCCUUUUCCAUCAAA